CCCCCCUCCUUUCCUCCCCCGCCCCCCAUCCCCCCCUUCCUCCCUGCUCCCCGGCUCUCCUCCAACCCCUCUCUACCCCCCUUCGCCCAUCUUCCCAUCGUCUCCAACCCGGCAUCUCAUGUUCUCCUUGCAGCUCUGGCAACGUGUUGGCCAUUCUGAUUGGUUCAUUGGUCUUUGCAGCAGCCACAGUGGGUGUGCUGCUGCUCAUGGAGACGCUCAGUGCCUUCCUGCACGCGCUCAGGCUGCACUGGGUGGAGUUUAUGAACAAGUUCUAUGUCGGCGACGGGUACCAGUUUGUGCCGUUCGCCUUUGCGUCUCUUCCUGAUGAGGAGGAUUAG